AUGGCAGCGGCUAGGGCGCACCUCCUAGCCUUCCUAUCGGUUCUCACGACGAUGGUGGUCGCCCUCUCUUCGUUGGCUGCCGGUGGUGGUCGCAUGACGGACCAGCUCGACAUACUCUGGGGCCCGACGCAGCUUCUCAACGGAAGCAACGGCGACGACCAGACCAUCGGGCUGUCGCUGGACCGCGUCAUGGGGUCGGGUUUCCGGUCCAAGACCUCCUAUCUGUUCGCCAGGAUCGACAUCGAGAUCAAGCUCGUCCCGGGCAACUCCGCCGGCACCGUCACGACGGUUUACUUGAUGUCUGAAAAGCAGUGGAAGACCCAUGACGAGAUCGACCUGGAGUUCCUUGGCAACCUGACCGGCCAGCCGUACAUCCUGCACACCAACAUCUUCGCCAAUGGGUCCGGUGGCAGGGAGGUGCAGUACCGGCUCUGGUUUGACCCUACUCUAGACUUCCACACCUAUUCCAUCAUCUGGAAUUCAGACGAGAUCCUGAUCCUGGUCGACAACAAGGCGAUCCGGCGGUUCAGGAACCACUGGGACGCCGGCGUCCCCUUCCCGGUGUACCAGCCGAUGAGGCUGAACGGCGUGCUCUGGGACGCCGACGACUGGGCGACGCAGGGCGGGCGCGUCAAGACGGACUGGUCCCAGGCGCCGUUCACCGCCUACUUCCGGAACUACCGCGCCAACGGCUGCGAGCCGAGCGGGUUCGCGUGGGUGUGCGGCCAGCAGGGCGCGGCGCCCGGCGGCGGCGACCGGUUCGACGGCGGAGCGGCUGGGCUGGACGACAUGAAGCAGCAGGAGCAGCUGAGGGAGGCGCAGGAUAGGUACAUGAUCUACAACUACUGCACCGACUCCAAGAGGUUCCCCGGUGGCGGCUUCCCCACGGAAUGUGGGUUGGCGUAG